CAUCUGGCUCUAGACCUGAUAGGACAAGCGGCCAGCUUGUCAGUCUGUGUUUCUGUGCUUCCAAACAAGCAGCACAGCACUUUUAUCGAGGACUGUGAUGACCCCUGAGGAGUGUUCGCCUGUGCUGCCUCCUGUACUUGGUGGGAGGAGAUACCUUCUGCAAGGUUAAAGGUGUAAAAAAUGUACUGCCCUGGUUAAAGCCUCAAACCAUUUAGAGAUACACAGUUAGGUGUGGUUGGACUUGAUGAUCCCAAGGGUCUCUUCCAACCAAAAUGAUUCUAUGAUGCUUCUAUGAUUCUAUGCUGCAGGUGAUAUUAUGGGCACAAGGUCAACCGCUGCUCAUCAGGUGGUUGAACUCCCAAAUGUGUUGUUCUGAGGACCUGUAUCCUUCCUCUCCUGCUACCAGGAUUUUUCCACCUGUAAAAUGAGAAUUAGAGCACUGGUUCUCCUGUGAUUGUUACAGACCCCCUGAGAUCGCACGCUGCGACUUCCCCUUGGGUUUUCCAGUGUUCUCCUAGAGUGUCUCAAACUGGCUGCUUUUUAUACUUGCCAGUCUCUGAGGAGCCACUGUUGGGAAAUGCUGCUCUAAACAGACACGUUUGCAACCGCUCUUACACGAGGCUGCUGGCUGCUUCCUUUCACCCCUGCCCCGAGAACGCUGCCUGCCGAGGGCUCCUGUCCUUGAGUGUGUGCACGCUGCCCGGCUGACAGCCACAGUUUCGUGUCUGAGCCCUUGGCUUAGGUGUAGCCUGUGCUGGGAGUGACGUGUUCCGUCAAACCGAUUGCUCAAAGGGAUGUUUCUGGAUGAGGUGCCUGCCUUCUGGGCUCUGCUGGGUCUUAAAGCGAUGGUGGCUAUUAGCAUAUUGCAGCAUAGCGAUAUAUUAAAUACGUUCAAGAGUGGCAAUGCUCUUCAUUUUCUGGGCUCAGGAAGCGUGGUAGGAAAGAAGGGAGGAGGGAAAUUCAGAAAGCUUAAAUGUGACAGGGAAGGGUUAAGAAAAGCAACAUAGAGUCAUUUCAACAGACAGAUUCAUAGCAGUUUUCUCAGCGAUAGAGUAGAUUGGAGGUGUGAAAUUAUGAUAAGUGUAGCUCUCAUAUCCCUGGUUUUGUUUCUUCUGGGUGCGCAGUUCUUUAAAUUGCAAUGGAAAAGUCGUGGAUUUCCUCCUGGACCGACCCCAUUUCCCAUCAUUGGAAGCAUGUGGUGGAUCAAUUUUAGAGCUGACCAUGGGAGCCUGAAAAAGCUGGCAAAAAAGUACGGCAACAUCUGUACCUUGUGGCUGGGUCACAAACCUAUGGUGGUGCUCUAUGGAUUCCAAGCCGUGAAAGAUGGUCUCACCACCAACUCAGCAGAUGUUUCUGGGCGACUACAGACCUACGUCUUCAACAAAAUGGCAAAUGGAAAGGGUAUCCUGGUCUCAAAUGGUCUCAUCUGGAAGCAUCAGAGACAUUUUGGAAUCGGAGCUCUCCGAAAACUGGGAAUGAGGAACAAAGGAAUGGAACGCGGGAUACAAACCGAGGCCGGUUAUCUGGUCGAGUUCUUCAGGGACAAAGCUGGAAGAGCUGUCGACCCGUCCUUCCCCAUUGUUCACGCCAUCUCGAACGUGAUCUGCGCUGUGGUUUUUGGACACCGGUUCUCCCUAAAGGAUGAAACCUUCCGCCAGCUGAUUGAAGCAUACAAUUGUAUAGUGGCUUUUGGGAACAGCUACCUUUACUAUAUAAGCGAAGUUUUCCCGUGGGUUGCAGAGCAUCUCCUGGGACCCGCACAGAAAGCGUCUUCUUGCUGCAACUUUGUUCGUGCUUUCAUAAGGCAGGAAAUCAAAAGCCACAGGGAAAAAGGCAAAAUAGACGAACCAGAAGAUUUCAUUGACUUUUACCUGGAUCAGAUGGAGAAAGCUAAAGGUGUCCCCGGUUCAACCUUUGAUGAAGACAACAUGGUGCAGUCUGUUUUUGACCUUUUCCUGGGUGGCUCGGAGACCACGGCCACCACCCUGCGCUGGGCUCUGCUCUACAUGUUGGCUUUUCCUGACGUCCAAGAAAAGGUCCAGAAAGAGCUGGAUGCCGUUCUGAGUCCCUCCCAUCUCAUCUGCUAUGAGGAUCGGAAGAAACUGCCUUAUACAUACGCUGUGAUUCAUGAGAUCAUGCGCUUUAGUAGCAUUGUUCUAAUCACCAUUCCUAGAGAAGCAGUGAAGGAUACAACCGUUUUGGGGUAUCAGAUUCCAAAGGGCACUGUGAUUAUGGCAAACAUCGACUCGACUCUUUUUGACCCUGAUUACUGGGAGACUCCUCACCAGUUCAACCCUGGCCAUUUCUUGGACAAGGAUGGGAAUUUCGUGGCCCGAGAGGCUUUCUUAGCCUUCUCAGCAGGCCAUCGUGUGUGUCUGGGGGAGGUGCUGGCAAAGAUGGAGCUUUUCAUCAUCUUCUGCAGCCUCCUGCAGACCUUCAAGUUCACUCCACCAGAAGGAGUAAAGGAGGUCAACACAGACUUCAUCUUCGGGAGCACGAUGAAACCCCAUCCGUACAAGCUCUGUGCAGUUCUUCGCUAGGUGGCAGGGCAUUGCAGAUUUGAGAGAGACACAUUGCCACAGGUUUGCUAGUAUGCUGAUCUUUUCCGCAAAUUUUAUGUUUUUCAUUUCUAGCUCAAAUUCGAUUUGAAUCUGUCCUUGUUGUGUUACGUGUCUAAGAAGCCACCCCUGAAAAAUCCUCUGGUUUUCCUGUGUCUGGGAAAUAUCUGUGCAUUUUUU